AUGGCUAAACGUCUUAUGGAAACGGCCAGUGAAAUUUCCACACAUUUCCGUUGUGAUCAUUGUGGCAUUACGAUCGACGACGUGGCUUGGAGACAAUGUAAAAUUUGUAAAAUAUUCGAUCUAUGCCAUACUUGUGGUAAAUUGAAGUACAAUCAACUAUUAGCGAGUGUUCGCGAUGAUCAUACGCAGAGACACACGGAACUUGGUCAGUUUGAAUUGAUUACAGACGAUUGUAUCGAAAAGAUACUCGUUGAACAAGCUGAAGCCAAUAGUCAAACAAUCCGAAACAAGAUCAGAGAGGAACAUUUGAAUCGUAUACAAAAGGAAAAGAAAAUAUCCAAUGACUAUGAUAUGUCAAUCGUUAUGGAUGAAUUAGAAAAACUGAAGAAAACAUCAUCAUUACCAUCGAAAGAUAUCGAAUGGCAUGGACUGGAUUCAUUACUUGCAAGAUAUCAUCUAGAAGCACAUGAACGAAACAUACGUAUACUGAGUUUAGAUGGUGGAGGUAAGACACUUAUCAGUUCGAUACACUCAAUAUUCGUUGGUUUUCAUUUGUUAAUAGGUGUGCGUGGCUAUAUGCCGAUUAAGAUUGUCUCUGAACUGAUUGCACAAAAGUAUUUGUCUCUGAAUGAACCAUUUGAUCCACAUAAUGCAGAACAUAAGGAAGCAUUUCAAAAAGUACAAGGAAAAUUUACUGAACAAUUCGAUUAUUUUGUUGGCACGAGUACAGGUGGAUUAAUCGCCUUUUGCUUAGCGAUGAACUAUAGUGUCUUGAAGAUGAUGGACAUCUAUGCAGAUUAUUCGUAUUAUUUCUGGCGCAAUUAUCUCGGACCAAUUAUCUAUUCGAAAUAUAAUCCAGCUCGUAUCCAUCAAAAGAUCGACGAUAUUAUCAACAGUCUCUCGUUCAAAAAUGGAACAAAAUUAUCAGCAGAAAACGCGACAUUGCUUGAUAUUCGCAAUAUCUUAAAUCAGGACGAUGUUAUCAGUGGUGAUCAAGUUCAAUUACGUGCUUCUAACCAUGGAAAUCUAUUAGAGUUUGUCGAUGACACAAACAAUAUCGACAGCGCCAAUCGCGUUACCAGUGACUACGGUUUUCAUCGAAUCUAUCGUGAAAAAGUCUUACUCAUUACUUCAUACAACACAACAACAAAUAGCAUUACGAUAUUCAAUACAAGUUACGCUCCACAUUGGAAUUAUCGUAUUGCUGAUGUGUUGAAAGCAACCAUGGCUGCUCCGACGUAUUUUCCACCAAUGGAGAUCUUUACUGGAAAGAAAGUCGAUGGUGUCUUCCGAAAAGAUGCGCAGUCAGAAUUAUUCAUCGAUGGAGGUGUAUUCGCUAAUGAUCCUGAACUAUCAGCACUGUGGGCCAUUCGAAUGCAAUGGAAAAAACCGGCGAACUAUCAUUUGCUUUCGAUUGGUACUGGUUGCUAUAAAACAACAUUAUCCUCGUCGACGUGGGGUGGUUAUCUCGGAUGGAUAAUGAACAAAGGCUAUUUAGUAAACACAUUGAUGGAUGCACCGCGUAGUUUCAUCGAAAUUAUUGGAAGUAAUCUGGCAAAAUUCAGCAACAUCAGACGAAUGAAAUUGAAUUACAAUAUGAAACGAUCGAUGGCUUUGGACGAUGGUGAAUUCGUUCGUGUAUUCGAUAAAGAAUGGGAACAAUUGAAAACUGAAGAAGACUAUAAAGCUUUUGUUUAUUUCUAUGAGAGCUAUAUUGUCAAACAAAUUUGA